AAAAGAAAUAGUUUUAGCUUGGAAAAAUGUAAUGAAUCAGACCCAUCAGCAGAAGCAAUCAGACCCAAUGAAAGGCAGCCAGAAUUAUGCCACUGUUGUUGCUCUGUAUAAUACUGUGGGUAAAGAUUUUGGAAGCAUUGCUCACUAUUGAGAGAGGUCAGGCAAUUGGAAGAGAAAGAAAGGAAGAAAAGCGAUACAUUGUAGAAUUUCAAUCAGUAGAUAUCCUUGAUGAAAUGUGAUCCACUGCCAAAGAAGGUGAUGAGCACUUAUGAAACGGACCAGAAUCUCUCUUUCCGUCCACCAGUAACCUGGAAGGAUCUCAUUUUAAACCCUGAUGCCAUCCAGCUCUUCUUCAAGCUAUUCCUGAAGGUGCAAGGAGAUGUAGCACUGUCCCACCAAUUGAACACCUGCCUCCUGCAGCUGGCAUCCCUAAAUGGUCCCUUGGUAGCAGAGCCUGAGGACGCACAUACUUACCUGGCAAACUUCCUGCAUGGGUUUUUCCUCAUCACAACGUGA